AGUUUGGUUUAGCUGGGUCACUUCAGAAGUCCGAACUCUUUCUACAAGUGACAGAAACCUACUGCAGACUGGUUCAAAUACAGAAGAAAAUCUCAGCAGAACUGAGGAGUCCAGAGGUGCAGUGACUUCAGGCAUGGCUGGUUCCAGGUGCUCAGAACACAAACAUCUCUGUUUCGUCACCUCUUGCCUCUGGCUGCCUCUGUGAUGGUUUCAUUCUCAGGCAGGCCCUUCCCACGCAGUGGCAGAAAUGGAUCCCAGCAGCCACUGCCCCACAUCCCUCUGGUUUAGGAGCUCGAGCAGAGAAAAGAGUGUGUAUCUCCCCAUAGUUCCAGCGAAAGUCCCAGGGCUUGUUCUCAUUGGCUCAGGUCGGAUCAUAUGACCACGUCUUACCCAAUGCCUGUGCCUCCAGCCUGAGUCCUGCACGGGGUCGAAUCAGCCCAUGCAAACCACAGAGAGUUGAGGAGAGAGUGACCCCAAAGCUGGUAGGAGAAGUGGCCGUAUGGGUGGAAACAGUAGUCCCCCCAGAGUCCCCUUGGCUGGUUGGUUUUAAUCUGCCCCCUCCAGGUAACGGGCUCCGCUCCUCCAGGAAACGUGGGCUCUGUGUGGUCUUUUCUAAGUGUCCCCUCUUCCUCCACCUGCAGGGCACCGCUCAAGCUCCUCUGUGACAACAUGAAGUACCAGAUCCUUUCCAGAGCCUUCUAUGGAUGGCUUGCCUACUGCAGACACCUGUCCACCAUGAGGACCCACCUGUCAGCCCUGGUCAAUCACAUGAUCGUGUCUCCAGACUCGCCCUGUGAUGCCGGGCAUGGGCUGACAGCCAGGAUCUGGGAGCAGUACCUUCAGGACAGCAUAAGCUAUGAGGAACGGGAGCUGCUACAUCUCAUCUACUAUGGCGGCAUCCAGCCAGAGAUCCGCAAGGCCGUGUGGCCCUUCCUCCUGGGCCACUACCAGUUCGGGAUGACAGAGACAGAAAGGAAGGAGGUUGGUGGCCCCUGAUGGGCAGUGGGGUCUUUGGCAAUAAAAGGUGGGGCUGGGGGUGCUCUGGUUUCAUGCUGGACCAAGAUGGGGCAGGGGACGUGGGGGA